AUGGACGUUGAGCAUGAUCCGCCGCCCCCCUACGAGCUCAUUUCGACCGGCCCGUUGCUGUCAACAUACACGAGCCUGACAUCGGAGGGUAUCCUUCAUAUCGACCUGACCUCGUCCAAUGCGGCAAGGCUCAGCACUCUUUUCGCCCAUCCCCCGGGGCCUGCCUCUAUGCUUGCCUCUUUAUCUCAACAAUCCUCUGCCGGGAAGUCCCCGCGGGGGCAGACAACGCCAUGCCCCCGCCUCAACAUCGUCAUCUUCGUUGUCGGAAGUAGAGGCGAUGUCCAGCCAUUCAUCGCCUAUGGCACUGCCUUGCAGCGCUACGGUCACAGGGUCCGGCUAGCUACUCACGGCACCUUUGACAGGUUCGUCCGGGACUCCGGACUCGAGUACUUUGAUAUAGGCGGCGAUCCGACCGAUCUCAUGGCCUACAUGGUCAAGAACCCCGGGCUCCUGCCGUCGUUCGAGUCGAUGCGCGGCGGUGACAUUAGGCGUAAGCGUAAGAUGAUGGCGGAGAUGCUGCAGGGCUGCUGGAAUUCGUGCAUCCUGCCCGACGCCGUCACGAGCCGGGCCUUUGUCGCCGACGUCAUUAUCGCCAACCCCCCAAGCUUUGCGCACGUCCACUGCGCGCAGGCCCUCGGUAUCCCCGCACACAUCAUGUUCACUAUGCCGUGGACCGCAACGCGUGCGUUUCCGCACCCGCUGGUCAAGAUGAGCGCCGAGAAGAUCGAGCCCGGCGUUGCGAAUUGGCUCACUUACGGCCUGGUAGAGCUCAUGACCUGGCAGGGCCUGGGCGAUGUGAUCAACAACUGGCGUAAGAAGACGCUCGAGCUCGACCCCGUGCCUGCCACGAUGGGCCCGUCCAUCGUAAGCUACCUGCGCAUCCCUCACACGUACUGCUGGUCGCCGGCCCUCGUCGCAAAGCCCGGCGAUUGGGGUGACGAGCUUGAUGUCUGCGGCUUCUUCCUGCGCGACGAGCCAUCCUACAACCCGCCCGCAGACCUUGCCGAUUUCCUUGCAGCAGGACCGGCCCCCUUGUAUGUCGGAUUCGGCAGCAUCGUGCUAGAGGACCCGGAGCGCCUGCACGCGGCCAUUCUCGAGGCCGCAGUGGCCUGCGGCGUGCGGCUCGUCAUCUCGCGCGGCUGGAGUCAGCUUGGCGGUAAUAGCUCCAGCAACAACGACAUCUUCUACCUCGGAGACUGCCCGCACGAGUGGCUUUUCAAGCAGGUUGUAGCCGUCGUCCACCACGGAGGAGCAGGCACGACCGCGUGCGGCCUCAUCAACGCCAGGCCCACCCUCAUCGUCCCGUUCUUUGGCGACCAGCCAUUUUGGGGCAAUGUUGUCGCCAGCGCAGGCGCGGGCCCGCCACCCAUCCCACAGCGCGAGGUCAAGACGCAGAACAUGACCGAGGCCAUCCGGUUCCUCACUUCACGCGCGGCCGCGGAUGCCGCCCGUGGGGUUGCGAACAAGAUGCGCCAAGAGAACGGCGUUCAGGCCGCUGUCGAGUCGCUCCACCGCCACCUGCCGCUGGCCGCAAUGACGUGCGACCUUGUCCCCGGCGAGGUUGCGCGGUGGAGCAUAGGCAAGCGCGAGCGGCGCGUCAUUCUCUCCGACCUCGCCGUGGCCGUGCUGGUCACGAAGAAUCUCCUCAAGUUGGGUGACUUGGAAGCACUGAGGAUAAGGGAGUUCGACAUGGACGUGAAGCGCUGGGACCCGAUCUCGGGCGGCGCCGCGUCGACACUCGGCGUCAUGACCGACUUCACGGCAUCGCUAGGCGGACUGUUCAUCGAUCCGUACAAGGCAUACAAGCAGGCGUCUGCUGCGAGCGGGAGCUCCACCAAGGCGGCCGGUAAGGCCACAGUCGCCGUGGGCGGGGGCUUCGCCAAGAUGUCGGGCGUGCUGGUCAGGGGCACGCUCGUCGACACCCCGCUUGCGCUGGCCGAGGGCAUGAGGAAUAUCCCGCGGCUGUACGGCGAAGAAGUCAAGGACUAUGGCAAGGGGACGGACUGGAAGAGCGGUGGCGUGGUAGCUGCGAAGAAUUUCGGGUCGGGCUUCUACCACGGCAUCACGGGCGUCGUUGUCCAGCCAUGGCAAGGCGCCAAGAAGGAAGGCUGGGUGGGCUUCCUGAAGGGUGCUGGCAAGGGCUCGAUCGGGCUCGUCACGAAGCCGGGCACAGCGAUGUUCGGCCUGAUGGGGUACCCAGCCCUCGGUAUUCAGAAGUCAUUGAUGGCCCGGAAAGGCAGAGAAGCGGCGGUACUGGGCUCCAAGGGUGCGCAGGUGGACCUCCUCGCGUCGCAAAUGCCGGCCUUUGAGGAGGCGCAGGUGCGGCACAUCACCGAGCGCUUCAAGCAGCUGACCAAGUGA